CGCGCAUUGAUAAGUACUACGCCGCUUUCACCGAUGCUAAUACCGAUAAAAUAGAUAGUAUAAAUAAGGGAUUUAGCGGUCUUAUAAUGAAUAUCUUAGUUAAGGCCAUUUCGCUCCACAGUAGUUCUAAGCCUAGCUCGUUUGCGGUCUUAGAGAAUAUAGUACGGUUUACAUUAAAGGUUAAUCCUCCCGAGGCAGGCAACCCCAACCUUCCUCCUAGAAUUAAGAAGGGUGAUUCCUCGGGUAUGAUUAUGCUAUCUACGAUAUAG